ACCGGAAGUCUGGUGACGUCACACGCGAGGGAAAAAUGGCGCGCGAUGAGCAGCCGAGAGCGCGAGGUGCUGAAGCAGAAGUUUGACCAGUGCUGUAUGAUUGUAUUCGUCAUCAAUGUGCUGGUGCUUGUCUGGUUUUAUCUGCCCACGUCACGUAUGGAGAGGGUCGUGCCAGUCAAAAUUUCAUGCCCUACUCUAGAGCUCAAAUGGCAAGCCGAACAACGAAUCAAACUUCCGACCAAGGCGGAGUUUGCCGAACAGCUCCGACACGAUGACGCCGUUUGGCGAUCGUACCUGAAGAGUUUGGACGAUGAUGGGCCCGCGGAGGGCGGCGACAAAGCGGAAGUGAAGACCGAUGACGUGGAGCUCGACUCGGAUAAAGACAGGAGGGAUGAGAUCUUGGCGAGAUUUGCCGGAGGGAGAAACGAGAGUGGAUUAUGUCCAGUUAAGCCUCCGGGAUUAGUCGGAAACUAUACGUGUGCCUGUGAACCAACGACACCGGAAGUGCUUCAAGCCCUAUACCCGGAAGUCAAAUCCGGUCGUCUGCAGCCGUCCAAUUGUACGGCCAGGGAGAGACUGGCCGUUGUCAUUGCCUACAGGGACCGUUACUCACAUUUGCACACCUUGUUGAGCGUGCUUAUCCCCCUUUUGAAGAAACAACAAGCGGAUGCGACGUUCUUUGUGAUCGAACAGGACCCCAUCCACCCGUUCAACCGAGCCCUCCUACAGAACGUGGGGUUCCUGGAGUCCCAGAAACUCGGCACCUUCGACUGCUACAUAUUCCAUGACGUGGACCUUGUGCCCAUGAACGACCAGAACCUGUACCGCUGUGCCGACAACCCCUUACACUUCGCUGUUGCUAUCAAGAAGUACGGCCGACGCAGUGCCAAAAAGAUGUAUAACGGCUACUUUGGAGGUGUUGUGGGCUUUACUAAAGAACAGUACCUGGAUGUCAACGGGAAUUCCAACUUGUACUUCGGGUGGGGAGGGGAGGACGACGAUUUGUUAAUGAGGGUGGAGUACAAGAACUACAAGAGACCAAGGCUGGAUGAGAGGGUUCACCACUACAGCAUGUUGAGACACGAGAGGAACGACAGGGCUAGGGGUAACGUGGACAGGAAACUUCUGCUGGUGACUGCCACAGACCGGCAGGACAUGGAGGGUCUCAGCACCACCAGGUACAACGUCACGUUCAUCAAGCACAUGCCGCUCUAUGUCUGGGUACAGGUGUCCUUCAACUUGACCGAGGUCAUGCAGACGGCGCCUGAUUUUACUCUGGGAGUCUUAAAACCACGGAGACAUAGGAACGUUCCUUCAUGAAGCGAAGACCUCUUCAAGAGAGAUUGAGAAAAAGAGAGAAUAAAAAAAAAAUUCUACUUCUAAAGGGAAGUAAUAAAACGCAAAAACAAAUCCUGCUAAAGGGAAAUAACUAGCAAGUUGAAUCAGCCUGAAGUGAUUGUCUAGUAAUUCAAUGGUUUCACCCCGCUAGUUGCAGAAAUCUGGUGUCAACUGUCAUUGGUUCCGAAGAGACUCGCAUAAUUAACAGUCUAUAACAUUGAUCACGCUAUCUAUAUUUGAUCAUGAAUAUUGCCAAACCUGAAGCCCUGGUGAUCAUCAUAACUUCACUGAAAUAAAGAUCAUCAUAAACUUAAUAUUGUAUUCCUUAUCUUUUUUGUGAUCAUCUUAAAUGUAAAUAAAAAACAUUCCUUAACUUCUUCUGCUAUGAUCAUACAUAAAAGAAUACAAUGUGUUAAAAUGUUAAAAUCAUCAUAAAAUUCGCUAUCAUAAUGAUCAUCAUAUAAUUCAAUGUGUUUAAGAUCAUGAAAUUCUGUGUUAAAAAUCAUCAUCAUAAAAUUCACUUUUCUAACGAUCAUCAUAAAAUUACAUGUGUUAAAAGUUACAAAAUUGUAUGUGCUAAAAAUCAUCAUAAAAUUCAAUGCAUUAAAGCUCAUCGUAGACUUCUGUGUUAAAAAUCAUUCAAUUC